AUGCCGAAUGAAACGGUAUUACAGAUGGACAAACCUGAUGGCGAUGGGUAUGUGAAUAUGAAAGAGGAGCCCUCUGAUAUGCGGGCUAUGACUGACAGUGCUGCGCAAACUCUAUUCUGGACAGAAUUAUUUCGAGGGCUCGCAAUGACCUUGAGCUAUUUGUUUCGGGAGCCGGCAACCAUUAACUACCCAUUUGAGAAGGGGCCCCUGAGCCCUCGGUUUCGAGGCGAGCAUGCACUGCGAAGAUAUCCUUCUGGCGAGGAACGCUGCAUUGCUUGUAAACUGUGUGAGGCUGUUUGUCCUGCUCAGGCCAUUACGAUUGAGGCAGAGCCAAGGGCUGAUGGGAGUCGACGCACAACGCGGUAUGAUAUUGACAUGACAAAGUGCAUUUACUGUGGUUUCUGUCAGGAGGCUUGUCCAGUUGAUGCAAUUGUGGAGGGUCCUAACUUUGAAUUCUCUACCGAGACACAUGAGGAAUUGCUGUAUAAUAAGGAGAAACUACUGAACAAUGGGGACAAGUGGGAAGCAGAGAUCGGAGCUAAUAUCCAAGCGGAUUACCUAUAUCGCUGAUUGUGCAGCAGGCUGACUGUAGCACCAACAUCUCCCUUGGUGUGUGUGAAUAAAUGUGACUUUUCAAACUAA